UUUCUCAAACAUGCGUCCUCUUUGCUGAAUUCUUUGAUAAUCACCACCACCGUCAUUUUUUAACCAAAUUUGCUUUCUGCUCAGUCGUGACUGCUUUCUGUUCACCUAUCAGACAACGAAUACAGACACACAAUGGAAAAGAAGAUGGUCUUACUUAGAUCCAUAUGCCGCGCUGCCUGUUUCCGGUCUUCACGUAUCGCCGAUGCUUUUACCCAGCACCACCUCCUCCCCCACCACUUGUCUUCUUCUCGAUCUAUCUUCUCUCUCGCCUCCUCUUCCAAUCGCGUCUCUUCUGAUUUCGGAUAUCGUUUUUCAAUGGGGGUUGGAAAUAGACGAUGUUUUAGUGAGGAUGUAACUCGCUUGCCUGCUAUACAAGAUCCUCAAGUUAAAAAGGCGUUCAAGAACUUGAUGGCUGCAAGUUGGGAUGAGCUCCCCGACCCACUACUUUAUGAUGUGAAGAUCGCCUUGUCUAAAAAUACUGAUGAUAAAUCUGGCCAAGAUAUCUUGAAGAAUGUGUUCCGUGCAGCUGAAGCUGUUGAGGAAUUCGGUGGCAUUCUUAUGUCUCUUAAAAUGGAACUUGAUGAUAACAUUGGAUUGAGUGGCGAGAAUGUAAAACCUUUAUCAGAUGAGUAUGCAAAUGCGCUUCACACAGCGUUUCAACGAUAUUCUGCUUAUCUGGAUGCAUUUGGACCUGAUGAGGGUUUUCUGCGAAAGAAAGUAGAGAUGGAAUUAGGAUCAAAGAUGAUAUACUUGAAGAUGAGGUGCAGUGGGCUUGAUUCAGCAUGGGGGAAGGUUACCGUCCUUGGAACUUCUGGACUUGCUGGCUCUUAUAUUGAACAAAGAGCAUAAAGCCUAUGAUGUAAUCAUGAGCUUUCUGUGUUUGGAAUCGUGUUUUUGAAUAGUUGGAGGCAAGGUCAUUGUAUUUUCCUGCCCUCAUAGUUGGAAUUGAUGGCUGUUUAAUAAGAGGUUAUCUAUGCCAGCAGUUUAAUAUAACUUCUUCAUCAUCCCUGUUGAAAAUUUCUUUCAUCCUGCCAUUUAUAAUGAAUGACAAUUUUUUUGCGCA